GUUGCACCAGAGCUGCUGUCAUGUGAUAACUCGUCCGAGAGGCUACUGCGAGACAGUGGCUUCCUACCUUUAGAUGAGGCUCAAAUAAAACCGCACAGGAGCGAAGUUUUAUGUUUGUAGAAGAAGGAGGACGCGGCUGGUUUGUGACGGACAGCAGGGACGCUGGGGUUGUGUAGUUUGACCCCUCGGACGCUGCCAUGGGUUGCUGUUACAGCAGCGAGAACGAGACCCCGAGUCAGGACCCUGACGAGAGUAAGCCGCUGAUCCCCCACCCAAACCCUGUCAGCAAACCCCCAAAUGGGACGGACUGGAUCACUACCAGUGUCCCCUCAGCUCGGACAGAUGAACAAGCCCUUCUUACAUCCAUCCUGACGAAGACAGCACAGAACAUCAUUGAUGUCUCAGCAGCAGACUCAGUCAUGAUGGAGCAGCAUGAAUACAUGGACAAAGCUCGGCAAUACAGUACAAAGUUGGCUGUAUUGAGCACCAGCCUGCCCCAGAAGAAAGCCCUCGCUCUCCCGUCCCUCACCAGCCAGCCCCACCAAGUGCUUGCGAGUGACCUGGUGCCAUACUCGGACGUUCAGCAGGUGGGCAAGAUAGCAGCUUACGCUUACAGUGCAAUCUCUCAGAUCAAAGUGGAUGCUAAAGAAGACCUGGUGGUCCAGUUUGCCAUUCCCUGAUUCGGCGACUCUGGCCUGCACAUUGUUCCUCCCAUCCCACUCUCUCUGUGUCACUCCUGCAUCCUCAAACUCCAGCCCACCGUUUAUUAAAGCAUUUUGGUCCUUGUGCUUCUUAGCUAUGCCUCUAACUGCUACAAAGACAGAGACAAUGUAGGAUUUCACCCUAUGACUGUCCUUUUAGUGUAAUUAAUUAUGGGCCGGUGACAAAUCGUCUAUGGGCAACAGAAGAUGGUUUACUGUUGGUGGAUAUGAUCUCUUACUUACAAGAACAAGGCCUCCUCUGUACGUAAUGCAUGGAUUACAGGCUUUGUCAGAACACGCUGUGGACAACAUAUCAUUCAUCAAUCAUUCAAUCGAUGAUCUCUCUAAGUUUUAUAAACGGUUUUCGGGGCUGUUUCAAUAUGUUGCUUUUGUUAGAAUCCCUAUCUGAUUUUUGAAGGCAUUGAGGUAUAAAUAGUGGAAUCACCUGGGAGGGAGCUGCAGAUUUAUGGCCAAAGGCAUUUGUGUAUUUGAUAUAAUCGCCACUGGAACAAAAGAAAUGAGUAAUCUAUAGGGCAUGGAUUAAUUGAAUUCAUCACAGCACCAUAGUGUCAGGUGUAGUCGAUGUACAGUUUAGCCAUUCACCAAGAUAAAAAGAAAAAAACUUGCAACAUGAGUAAAUGUUUGCACUUCAUAUACAUGUUCCUCAGUCUUUUUUCUUAAACAGCAAAAACUAGCCAAAAAGGGUGUAUAUGGAGUGAAUAUAAAGAUGUCAUUAUAUUUUUGAUGGCUGUAAUACUGUAGUUCUGAUGUUUGCUGAUAAUCUGGUGUCGCUCUGCUCCGAGAAACCACCAUAAACCACAGUACCAACCUGGCUGGAGUACAUUUCAUUGAGAUUUCACUAAUAAUGUUUAAAAACUGAUUAGUAAAACAGGUUGGAUUGGUAAUUUUAACAUCCCUUGUGUAAUAUGAUACUCCAGUUGACACCGAAUCAAGAGUCACUUGUCCGUGACUGUUAUUCUCUGGUGGGUGAGGAUGCAAACACAAACAGGGGGGGGGGGCGCUGGGUGGGCCUACUGAUGUUGCUGGGAGCAGGACAUGACGGAGCUUUCUUGGGACACAAGUUCUCGAGUUUACAGACAGUGGUGUGUCCUCUACAGUUUUCUAGCACUAAGGAAUUAGUGGGCAGACUCUUUAAAUCAUAUUCCAAAAGUUCACACAUUUGCUAGCAGUGGAGGCGUUCAGAGAUGGGGUUUGGGGGGGUGCAGGGACAGAUGUUGUGUAUUCAUGCCUUUGUACAGAAUUUUCUGGUUGACUAUAAAAACAGAUGAUGGAUUGUAUGAAGUUCCUCUUUUUGUAGAGAGCUCAUUGGUCAGGAUUGGCUAAGAUGUUGUGGUAAAGAGGUUUUGUUUUUUUUUUUUGUUUUUUUUUUGGAAACACAAGAACACUUUUAAGGCCUGCGUUUAUUAGCUUUUAAAUGAAGCUUUUCGCUGCAGAUUGUAAUAUGAUUGAGUUGUUCAUAUUAAUCAGAAACUAACCAUUGUAGCAGUGUGGGGGAGCGUUAACACUCUAUGUACCACAGCAGAUAAAACGAUCCGAGACCUUUUUGUGAUUAUUUAUUUGUGUUUUUAAGUGUAUAUUUGCUCUUCGGAGGAGAGCGCAAGACUGUAUGCGUGAGCAGGGAGCAUGGUGAGCCGCUCCGGAGUCUCUAAAGGGAUUAUCUGCAAGGCUGUGAUUAUUUAAACCACGCAACUGAUUUGAGCUUUUUGCAAUGGGUUCUUGGCAUUUUUUUCUGUUUUGUUUGUUACUCAAAUGUGUAAUACUACCUGAAAUAUGUUUGUAAUAUCUUAGGCUAGUACCAAAAAGUUUUAAGACUUUUUUUUUUCUUUUUUUGGUUUAAUUAAUUCAUUAAAGACUUUCAACAAAGCA